AAUGGAUCACGACAUUAAUCAAGCGCAGUCAAAUAUAGAAAAAUCCCAAAGGAAACAAAAGGAACGACAUGAUAAAAAUUUAACAAAUGAAUAUACUUUUAGAGUUGGAGAAUUAGUUUUAAUGCAUAAAACUGAAAUACAGGACAAAAAGAAAUUAGAAGAGCGAUGGAAAGGACCAUACUACAUUCAUGCAGAUCUUGGAAAUGGAGUGUACAAAUUAAGGACAAUGGAACGCAAAAUAUUAAAAGUGCCGAUCAAUGGCGCAAGGCUAAAAAAAUAUCACCAACGUGCACUACCUGAACCAAUUGUAUUAAUUGAGAAUUAA